AUGUGGGACUUUCUCCACCUGUCCAUGAAUUACUCUGAGUUGCCUGAAUCUCAGACAGAGUCCUACAAAGUGGCCUUCCCUGCGGCUGCCCGGAGCAUAGAAGAGGUCAUCAAGGAGCUGAGCAAAGCCCCCGCCUGCGUGCCGCCCUGCGGUAAGCCCCAGAGGAACCCGCCCAGCUGGAUGGAACCGACCAAUGGGAGGGCAGCAUCCUCUCUGCUACCCCCCCCCCGCCCCCAAGGGUUCCAGGAGGUGGCCCGACUCUUCUUCUGCAAUUCCUGCGCUGCCCAUGACUGUGACCUUCCGCUGGAGUGCCCGAGUAGGGGGCGGGGCCAUGGCUGCCACCUUGGAAGGGGCGGGAUCUGGAGACAGACCCUGACCCCCUCCCCAGUCCGGGACUUGCUGGUGCCUGUAGGAGGCCAGGCUGCCUUCUCGUGCUCCACGUCUUUCUCCACUCCCUCGGAGCUGACCUAUACCUGGCUGUUUGCGGGCAAUAUCCGGACCAGGGACCUCUCCUACUUCCGCGUGAUGCCUCGAGCACGAGAUGUGUUUGCUCGGAUUCGGCCUGUUCGGCCCCCGCACCGCGGGACUUUCUCCUGCCUGCUUAGUUCUGACGAGCAACCCUUGGCCCGGUUGUUCUUCUUCCUAAAUGUGACUGCAGGGAAAGCGCAGCAUGAAACAGAGCUGCAGACCUUGUUCCGGGCGGUGCUGAAGGCAAAGCGCUCCAAGGCCGACUGUCCAGAACCCUGGCGGCCAAGCUUCUCCACGCUGCUGGCCCACCCCGGGGCGCUGACGCCGGGAAACCUAUGUCUGCUAGGGCUGGCAGCUGGCCUGGGCACCACGGGCUUCGUCCUGCUGGGGAUGUGAGUGACACCCUCCCCGAGGACCCGGGAGGCUGGAUCCCCCAGCCCCACCUCACCAGGGACUGGUCAGGCACCUGGAGCUCCUGUCAUAUCCACUGGGAUCUAGGCAUCCUUAUUUCACACACACACACUCACACAGCAUCCUAAGGGACCUAGGCUUCUUUCCCGACCCUCUGAGGCCCAAACUGGAUCUGGUAAACUCCUGCCCUCUGCCGGUGGGUUAAGACCUCUUUUCUCCCUGCCUCACUCCCCAGGUUGCUGUACCGCUAUUCGGAAGAAAGCUAAAGGGCCCGCCCUCUCCAUCCCCUAGCCUCCAUCACCCCAAUAAAGAUAUUUUAGGCAGUCUAGGUUCUAGGUCCAAAGUUCCAGUGGGCCAGCCCAAGGAUAAGGCACCUACAAUGUACUAGGGGAGGGGGAGGUCUGGAAUGCCCCCAUUAGAGUGUAAGCCCCCCCCCCCGAGGGCAGAGACUGUUUUUUGCCUUAGUAUCCCUAGCCCUCAGCUUUGUGGCUGGCAUGUAGUAGGAGGUUAAU